ACGCGACGCGUCCUUCCGCUCCGCCUCCACCCAUCAUCAUCACCGCCUGCACCUCACUCUCUUCCGCCGCACGACCUUCCGCCAGCGUCACCGUUCCAGAGCCACCUGACCGAACCCUAUACCACGCGCACAGCUAGUCUGAGACCGCACGAUGAGCCUCGCCUUUGCCGUCGACGAGAAGGUGCUCUGCUUCCACGGGCCGCUCAUCUAUCCCGCCAAGGUCCUCAAGGCCGAGAAGUGGACGGGCGACGACAAUGCUUCGGGCGCCACGGGCCCGCACUUCCGCGUGCACUACCUCGGCUGGAAGCAGACCUGGGACGAAUGGGUGCCGCCGACACGCCUCUUGAAGCACACCGACGCCAACUUGGCGAAGCAGCGCGCGCUGCAAGAUGCGCAGCGCGCCUCAAAUGCCGCUGCUCUCGCCGCCUCCUCGGCCGGCGCCGACGCGACGAGCAGCGAGCGAGCCGGCGAGGGCCGGCGGCGCGGGCGGGAGAGCACGGACACGGCGGGCGCUCGCAAGCGCAAGCGCGAGGAGCGUGGCACUGUCGAGCGCGAGGAGGAGUACAUCAAGCGGCCAGAGAUCAAGAUUGCGCUGCCCGACGCGCUCAAGCUGCAGCUCGUGGAUGACUGGGAGAACGUGACGAAGAAGAACCUCCUCGUACCCCUGCCACGCACGCCCUCGGUGCGGACCAUCCUCUCCGACUACCGCGCCUUCUACCUCGCACGGAAAGACCGCUCCUCCCGAUCGCCCUCGGUCCUGGACGAGGUGCUGCUCGGCCUGACGCUCUACUUUGACCGCUCGCUCGGCGCGAACUUGCUGUACCGCUUCGAGCGGGCGCAGUACCUCGAGCUGCAGAAGGAGCACGCAGCGAAGAAGGAGGAGCGGAGGGGCGCCGGCCGCAAGCGCGGCGACGGCGAUGCCGAGGCUGGCGAGUGGAAGGCCAGCGACGUCUACGGCGCCGAGCACCUGUUGCGUCUCUUUGUCAACCUGCCGGGCAUCAUCGCACACACGACGAUGGAUGCGCCCUCUGUCGCCUUGCUCAAGGAGCACCUCGGCGACUUCUUGGCAUACGUGGCCAAGGAGCAAUCACGCCUCUUUACGGCUUACGAAGCUGCACCUGCUGCACGAUCCUAAUGCAUAUCCUUCACCGGC